GUCAGUGCCCUAUAUUUGGCAACUAUUUGCAUACCUUGCAAACAGUCGCCAAAGAAUUUCACUGUGACUUGUCACAUGUGACGAUAAAGUAUUCCAUUCCAUUUGUCAUUUUGCGUAAUUCAGGCCUACUCUGCUUCUUGUUGAUACUGGUGCUCUACUUAUUUGUUUACUGCAACGUACAGAAGCAUGUAUUUAAACCGCACUUUGUAAAGGAAGUAACACAUGACACUGAGAAACCUGUGUGUUUUAUCAUUUAUCCGGAGGUGCUAAGGAAGGUACAAGUACGGUGAGAAGUCAGUGAAUUAAAUCACUGUAAAAUGCAGCAUUGCACUGAUUGACAAAAUGUACUGGAAUAUCCAUGAGAAAUGAAAUUGCUCAUUGGUAAACACAUUGAAUUUUCUCAUUAACUAGCAAGAACCACAGAUAGGGAAUAGUUGUAAUUUAAGAUCAGAAUUAGAACUUAAUCAAUGCAUGCAGCAUGAAACAGGCCAUUCAGCCCAUCAUGUCCAAGUUGACUAUUCAGCAUCCAUUUACACCGACCUCAUUUUAUUUUUCCCACACCGACCCCAGAUUCUACCCCUCACCCAAAGGCAAUUUACAGUAGCUACCGAUCAGCAUGCCCUCGUGAUGUGGGAGGGAAUGGGAGCAUCAGGAGAAACCCAUUCUGUCACAGGGAGAACAAGCAAACUCCACAGAGAACAUAGGAGGUCUUGAAGAUUGUUUUUACACAUUAAUCCAUUGAGGUGUCAUGUCAUCAAAGAUUCAGCUCUUAUUCACAGAAUGAAUUCCAGUCAAAAGCUAAAGCUAAACCUGCCUCUCCAUUCAGUUUGGUAAAUGAGCAACAUCAGCUACUUUGAUUGGAUCCAUUCCAACAACAACAGGCCCAGCACACAACAUGGAGAGAGUCCUUCACCUCUUCUGACUUGUGAAGAGAAUAUUAUUUUGGUUUAGUUUAGUUUAGAGAUACAGCGCAGAAACGGGCCCUUCGGCCCAUCAAGCCUGCACCGACCAGCGAUCCCCGCACAUUAACACUAUCCGGCACACACUAGGGACAAUUUACAUUUAUACCAAGUUCAUUAACCUACAAACCUGUAUGUCUUUGGAGUGUGGGAGGAAAUUGAAGAUCUUGGAGAAAACCCACGGGAAGAAUGUACAAACUCGGUACAGACAGUACCCGUAGUCGGGAUCGAACCUGGGUGUUGGUACUGUAAGCACUGUAAAGCAGCUCUCUACCGCUGAACCACUGUGCUGCCCAUAUUCUGCCCACUUUCUUCCUGCUGUAGAACAUGUUCAGCAUGCUGCCAAAUCAUAUUCUAAUCUGAGCAGUAGUCCAAACGUGCAAAUGGUCUUCCCGAGUUUUCUGGAGUAAAUUUAUGCUGCUCAUAAAACUUCUUAAAUCCCUGCUGGUGAUUUAACCAGUAUUGACAAAUGGAUAUAAUGCAAGAAACAGCGACGGCUGGUGUUAGUGAUGUUCUGCUGUGAGUUAAUCACAAACUUGUGCAGCCAUCCACAUACAGUAGUUCAAUAUACAGGGACAACAGGGACAGUUAUCCCCUGAUUGUCCACUGGCCACUUUUUCUGCAUUGAUUCCAGUGCCAGUUUGUUUGCACUAAAUUUAAUUUAGUUUAGUUUAGUUUGGAGAUACAGCCUUCAGAGAAAUAUCGUAAGGAAAUAAGGGGCCUUUUACAGCCUUGGGAUGUGACAAAGUGCUCCGAUCGCUGGCCCAUGGACUACAACAUCCUGAAGCCGCGGUCUGCGGAGCUUCUAGCCGUGGGCGCGGUGUGGACUUUCCAUCGCGGAGCCUGGAAACCCUUGCCGGGGAUUGCUGGAGAAGAGCUCCGACUGCCGGCCUGCGGCCUAUAACAUCGUGAAGCCCCGGUCACCGGUAGGAAGCGGCCGAUUCUGGACCUCCAAGCUGCGGAGUGUCCGCCCGUCCCAGCGUCGGAGUUUCGAGCAUCCUGACGAGAGGGCCUGCACAUCGGGCCGUCCGUAGCAGCGACUGCGGAGGGUUCAUGGCCCCGACCACGGAUGAACAAAGGAGGAGGACUGACUGAAGGUUAUUGCCUUCCCCCACAGUGAAGAAUGUUGGAUCCACUGUGGUGGAUGUUCAUGUUAUAUUCUAUUGCGUAUUGUGCUCUUUUGUUUGUAUGGCUGUAUGGUAGAUCAAAUUCCACUGUACCUUAACUGGUGCAUGUGGCAAUAAAUAUGAAUUUCAACUUGAACUUGAACAAAGCAGGCCAGAAGAAUAUUUUUCAGUUGUCACUGCCAUAAUGUAGGAAACACAAAGUCAGUUCUCAUUCGUCAAUAACAAAUUAUGACGUUAGUGGUGAUUGAGAGAUAAAUAGUGGUCAGGGUCCAGGAAUAACUUGUGUGCUCGAUGCAAAUGAAUUCAUCAAUGGUUAUAUUCUUUCCUAGAACAUCACCGCACAACCCUACAAAACUCCAGAUCACUAAACACCCAAAGUGCAUGAAGAUUUGAAGCUCAGUAACAGUGCAGAGAAUUCAAGGUCUUACUAUCGUGCUGAAGAUGUCAGGCUCGUACGACGAAUCCAGUGGAUUAGAGGAAACGAUUGACAGUUUCUGGGAGAUCGGCAAUUACAAGCGCUCAGUCAAGCGCAUUGACGAUGGUCACAGGUUGUGCAAUGAUCUUAUGAACUGUGUUAAUGAACGGGCAAAGAUAGAGAAGUCCUACUCUCAGCAGCUGACCGACUGGUCCAAAAGGUGGAAACAGCUCAUUGAGAAAGGAUCCCAAUAUGGAACUCUAGAGAGAGCCUGGAUGGCAUUGAUGACGGAGGCAGAUAAAGUGAGCGAGUUACAUCUGGAGGUGAGAAAUGCACUAACCAGUGACGAUUUUGAGAAGAUCAAGAACUGGCAGAAAGAUUCCUUUCACAAACAGUUGAUAGGAGGCUUCAAGGAGACCAAAGAAACAGAGGAUGGAUUCCGGAAAGCACAGAAACCCUGGGCUAAAAAACUAAAAGAGGUUGAGACAUCCAAGAAGGUCUAUCACCUGGCCUGUAAAGAGGAGAAGAUGGCGGCCACAAGAGAGGCAAACAGCAAGACUGAACAGUCGGUCACCCCAGAGCAACAGAAGAAGCUAUUGGAUAAAGUAGAGAAAUGCAAACAGGAAGUUCAGAAGGCGAAAGAGAAGUAUGAGAAAGCCUUGGAUGAAUUGAGUAAAUGUACACCGCAGUAUAUGGAGAAUAUGGAGCAAGUGUUCGAACAGUGCCAGCAGUUUGAGGAUAAACGAUUGGGUUUCUUCAAAGAAAUCCUGCAAGACAUCAAACGACACCUAAACCUCACAGAAAACAACAAUUAUGCCAACAUUUACCGCGAGCUGGAGCAGGUUAUCCGGGUUGCAGAUGCACAGGAAGACCUAAAGUGGUUCAGCAUCACACACGGACCUGGAAUGGCAAUGAACUGGCCACAGUUUGAGGAAUAUUCUGCAGACAUGACUCACACAAUUGCAAAAAAGGAGAAGGUAAAAAAGCCCAAUGAAGGUGUUACGCUGACAAAUGUGUCACCAGGAGGAGAGCAAGCGGCUCAGUGUUCUGAUCGGGGCAGCCAUAGUAUCUGCCAGAAUAAUGAGAGAAGUUGCAAUGUAAGCCCUCUUGCUGAGAAUGAUGUCAACCACGAGGGGAAGGAAGAGCAUAAAGAGGAAAAUAAAAAUGUAAGCAGCUACGAGAAGAACCAGACCUUCUCUGCUGAAUGGUCUGAUGAUGAAACAAAUAACCCCAGUGUAAAUGAUGCCAAUGGAGGAGCAAACCCUUUUGAUGAAGAAUCCUCUCCUGCCCACGCACCGGGUGUGCGGGUACGCGCGCUGUAUGAUUAUGAAGGACAAGAACAGGAUGAACUGAGCUUUAAAGCAGGUGAUUUCUUAAUAAAGAUUGAAGAUGAAGAUGAACAGGGCUGGUGCAAAGGACGUCUGGAGAAUGGACAGUUGGGCUUGUAUCCAGCUAAUUAUGUGGAAGUUAUCUGAUUCAACAGUGUAUUUACCAGCUAGUUGUUGCUAUUGUACAUACAUGUUCUAGAUAAUGCUGUUCGUGUUCUGAGGUGAAUUGACAAAUCAUUUCACUUUGUAAUUUUUGUUAGUAGAUUAGUGCCCUGUUGUCAUUCGUGUAAAUCAUGCAUCCAUCUGUCAGCUCAAAAAAAACCUUUAAUGUUCAGUGUAAAAUACCUAUUUAAUAAGAAACCUACUUAACUUCAAGGUGAGCUCGUUUCCAUCCAUGAAGAGGCAUACACUUCGUUCUCACCAGAAAUUCUUAUUAUUAACCAAGUUUCGUUGCGCUUUAACAAAUGCUCACAUGAAUAGUUCUCUUGUUUUACUUCAAACCAGCGUGAGACCAAUACCAGUCCCUUAAUUGAGAGUAUACCAUCACUAAAUUACAGAAACACGUAUUUUUUUCCACUAGAGGUGGUAGGAAACUUUUAACAUUCCCUCACAUUCUUGCAAUUUGCAUUUAAAAGAUACUGGAUAAUGUUGGAUAAAUGCUUUAACUUGUUCCUUGCAAGCGUAAAUUUUGACCAAGCUUUAUGACUCUUACAAUUCCAAUGGAAGGUAGUUCAUGGCAAUGUCGCCUUAUCAUUUAACAGAGAUAUCCUUGUUUCCAGUCAUUUGUAUUUAUCUUUUUUAAGGGGGUGAAUGUGUUGAUCUGUGUUUAUUAAAUACCCAGUCAUCAACCAAGAAUUUUGCAGCUUUUAUAUUAGUGAGAGUGAGACUGAUUUGAAAUAUUUAUCACUCAAGCCAUUCCUGCAGACAGUCCACGGACCCAGUCAUUGGCACAGUUGUUUAUUGCAGUGAAUUGCAGCAACUAGAUACUUGAAUUGAAUUCUGAUUAUUUAAGUGGCUACUCCAAUUAUAUGUGAGUUGUGAACUUGGCCACAAACAAUCUCUGGAGAAUAAUGCUGACAUAGAUAUAAACUAAAACUGUGCUAAUAACUGUACACAUGACUGAUUUAAUGCAAUGUCCUGGUGUUAGCUAUUAUCUUGAUGUCAGCAUGCUUGUGGAGCAAAUAUUAAUCUGAAAAUUCCUCUUUGAAAUAAUUGUGCCACUUUUACAAGAUAGCCAGUAUUGUGUUCGAAUGUGUAGAACUUUUAUUGGUGCUGCUGUUAAUUGGGUACCAUUCCAUCAUUUUAUACAAAGAGGUUUUCUAGAAAUAUUUAGCACAUUAUGUAGCAAAUGAAGAGCAGCGUUGGCCAAACAACAGUCAUAUACAUUGAGACUAGAAUGUUCAAUUUAACUAUAUAUGAGCUGUAAGUUUCUAAGUUGGGCCCGAAACGUUGCCUAUUUCCUUCGCUCCGUAGAUGCUGCCUCGCCCGCUGAGUUUCUCCAGCAUUUUUGUCUACCUUCUUUGUUUCUAAGUUGCAUGGCAUUCAGAAGAAAGGAUUCGAAAAUAACCUGUCUGCUCCAGGAUCUUUGCAGUUAAAAUGUUCAAACUCUUGAGAUCUGCACAGAGUUUACUCGCUGGCCUCCGCCACCAGGGGGCUCUGCUGCCCACACAUGAGUGCAAAACGACCACAGCUCUGGAAUAACAAUCUUUCUACUACACUCGCUGUUUGAUAGUUCAAAUUUUACUUUGGAGGUUCACAUGGAAGAAGCAAGCUUUUUGAGACCAAUUGGCCCCUUCCCUUUAUUCGUGGUGGAAACGUGGAGUUGAAAUGAUUAAAACAGUGACAUCUGAUAAUGUUUACCUUUUUGCCCCCACCAUUUGCAAACCCCAUCUAUUUUUUCGUGUGCUACCUACUUAACAAAAUAUUCAACGCAACUCUUCCAAUGAAUGAGUAGCUUUUUCUUCUAUUUGGAUCGUGGUCUCAGAAUAAUCGGUACAGAGAAGGAAAAUAGAAACACUAAACCAUCAAUAAUCUGUAUUUGUCCUUUGCCAUAUUUUCAAGGGUACUAGAAUAGUUGGCAUGUACUCCCCUAGUUGUAUACAGUCCAAACUUAUAGACCGGAAAGACUUAAUGGUCACCCAGGAAUAUUAUUUAAAGCAAAUAUUUAGACAUUUACAGUUGCUGGAGUUACAAACCUACUAACUUCUAAAAUAUAUAUUUUUUUAAUCAUACGUUUUUUUGUUCUGAAAGUUAAUUGGUGCAUAAUGAAACCAGGUUUCGAGAGUCAUAAAUUUACAAAACUCCCAACAUUCUAAUAAAGAGGGUGAAAAAAGUAAACAUUUGCCAUUUAAUUCAUAGUUUAGUUUUUGUCAAAAUAUAUUUUUAAAAUCAUUUGCAAGGUAUUUUGAACUAAAUAUAGGAGUUGAGAAGGAAAUAUUAAACUGUAUGCCGUUGCGUGUGGUACAUCUUAUGAGAGAUUCGGCAAUAAAUAGCAGUUAUAAGCCAGUUGUCACUAGUCACUAACCUCGUCACAUUUUGCAAUACUUUAACAUGCUCCAAUAAUCGCAUCACAAUCUGAGUUGUAAGGAAAGUCUCUCCCUGUUUAAUGUAACAUAGAAACAUAGAAAAUAAGUGCAGGAGGAGGCCAUUCAGCCCUUCGAGCCAGCACCGCCAUUCAUUGUGAUCAUGGCUGAUCGUCCCCUAUCAAUAACCCGUGCCUGCCUUCUCCCCAUUAUCCUUUGACUCCCUAGCCCUUAGAGCUCUACCUCCCACUGUUAAACAUUUAGGAAGUACAUUUAGGUUGGAGAUAAAUGUAGGGAUGGGGAAGGAAAGGAAAGGAAAUUUGGGGCUUGUACUGUCUUUUUUUAUUUGUUCAAUCCCCAAAGCAAUUCUACUAAACAUCCACAUUUCAACGUUAUUGCCAAGUUUGUAAAUACCUUUCCUCAUUUUUUUUCUCUCUCUCUAUUUUUAUAUUUAUUUUGCUUGAUAACGGACAGGUCACUCCAUCCUCUGUUGCUCAGCCAAAAGCUAGAUUGGUGCCAAAAUGCUUUGCUAUUCUAUAUAAAUAUAUAUAUGUGUGUGUGUGUGUGUGUAUGUAUCUAUAUUUGUACAAAAAUGUUUUUUUCUCACUUGCAUUCAUUCAUCCUUUCUUCAACUUGCUUGCUUGUUUGACAUACCCUGGCAUUUAAAUAUGCCCUUCCAUGUGAAAUCCAUCUGGUUUUUGUGCUGAGUUAUUUACCAGUAUUCAAUAUGAGGAACCAGGAUAUUUUGUUGCAGAUUCAUACACGAGUAGAAACACAGGUUGAUAGACCACAUCCACUUUGGUGUUCUGAUCACCACAUACACCAGACAUUGGUUUGACCUGGUCCACAGACAACAUUGAACUUCUUACCUCAAAAUCCUUAUAAUUAGAUUGUGACACAAAUUGUUACCUGUAUGAAUCCAUCAAAACCUCUAACUUGUGUAGAAAUACAAUUGUUAAGAGUGCUUUAUAAAGCAGGGAAUUAAAUUAAGAUUUCAAAACUGCUUGAUGUAGAUUUUAGAAAUGGCGUAAGGCAGGAGAUGAAUUCUAUGCAGUAAGUAUCUGGUCACCACUGACAGGCAAAUCAUUUAUAAAGUCAAAAAAAUCUAUCCAACAAUUUCACUAAAUCCAAAUAGUGUGGCAAAGUGAGAAUAUAGUAUAAAUUGAAUGAUAAUUCAGAUUAAGUAACUGAAAUGAGGAACCAGUAGUCUGCAUUGAUAUCAUGCAAAAGGGGUCUGGUGGCUCAAAAUUCAUCCCUGCUUCUAAAUUUUUUUUUAAACGCAAGAAGGAGGCCAGUGAAAUACAGUGCAUAUUCUCUCCCACAUUCUCCAGUAGAUAAAAGAAUUUUGGAUUUUCUUUAAAAAAUUCUGUUUAAUGAAUGUAUCAUUGUAGUUCCAGUUCUUGUUUCCGACACUUGUACAUCAACGCCACUCAGCUCCUCGAAUUUGGAAAACCGAUCUUUAGACAGACGCAUCCGAAUUCUGACUUUUAGUUCUUCAUAACAAAGUUGCCAAUUGGGUGGUUAAGUCUCAUUAGUAAACAGGGGACAUGGGACAUUUGAGCCAUGUGUUAUCUUGUACCAGAAAGAUAAGGUCCAAAUUGUAUGGCAGUUCGUGAGAUGCUAAAGUGAUGUGUAAUGGUCUCGUGAAGGCAAUCUUUGUGCUACAUAGUGCAAUGAGAAUCAGUGGCUGCCAUGUUGCUACUGCCUGCUCCCUGAAUGGGACUACAAUCUGUUGGUGGCAGUCUCAGGUGUAUAAACGCAAGUUAAAUAGGUUUCAGCUUUUUAAUAGGUUAUUAAACUCCUGGAGUUGGAAGUUGACUAGAGGAGAUUAUGCACUAUUGAAACAUUUAACUCUAUACUUCCCUCUAGUUUACACAAAAAUACAGCUGAAAAAUAAAUAUAUAUUUAGUAGAGUAUUUUGUAACCAAAUAUCUAUAAAGAAUAUAUAAUUUUAAAAAAGGGAUAGCAUAUCCUUGCAGAAGUAUAAAGCGCAGCUCAAUUUGAGGAAUGUAAAGCAUUUACAAUUCCUCACAAUGUACACAUUAUUUAGAAUUUUCUAGGUACAGUGGCCCCCAUAAUGUUUGGGACAAGGACCCAUCAUUUAUGUAUUUGCUUCUAUACACUACAGUUUGAGACUUGUAAUAGAAAAGAAAUCACAUGUGGUUAAAGUGCACAUUGUCAGAUUUUAACAAAAAGGCCAUUUUUAUACAUUUUGGUUUCACCAUGUAGAAAUUACAGCUGUUUAUACA